UAAUGAAUUGAAGAGGACAAAAUAUAACAAGUUCAGUGAGGGUGUUAAAACAUGCCUCGUUGCCAGAAAACAAGCAGCUUUAUUGGAAGCACAAUAAUACUUUAUAAACUUUCCCUCUCAAAGCUCUUUCACAUUUGACCAUUUUUCUUUACCAAAAAAUAAUAAUAAUAAAAAAAUCUUACCACCCUCCUUAAAUUCCAUCCCCACCUGUCCUUCUCAUUGGCAUUCACUCACUCUUGUUUCUCUCUCUAUACCAGAAUAGUGAGUUUUGAGUGUAUUGGAAAGUGGAAACAAAACAAGUGAAGAAAAAUGGGAAUCUCAAGCAAAAAACUUGCCUUUGGUUUCUUGAUCAUUGUUGUUGUGUUUCCCUUCUCUGUGGUUCAUGGAGACCCUCUUGUUCCCGGUCUGAUGAUCUUUGGUGAUUCUGUGGUUGACACUGGAAACAAUAACUAUCUCUAUACGCUUGUCAAGGCAAAUUUUCCUCCUUAUGGAAGAGACUUUGUCACUCACAAACCAACCGGAAGGUUCUGCAAUGGAAAGCUUGCCACAGACUUCACUGCUGAAUAUCUUGGAUUCACCUCAUACCCGCCGGCUUACCUUAGCCCGGAAGCCAAGGGAAAGAAGCUCUUGACUGGAGCCAACUUUGCCUCAGGAGCUUCUGGCUAUUAUGACAGAACAGCUCAGUUAUAUAGGGCUAUCUCACUUACACAGCAGCUGAAUUACUACAAGGCAUAUCAGGAUAAAGUGGUGAAUAUGGUGGGACAAGCCAAAGCCAAUGACUUGUUCUCUGGUGCAAUCCAUCUUCUAAGUGCUGGGAGUAGUGAUUUUGUCCAGAACUACUAUAUCAAUCCUGUCCUAAAUAGAGCUUACACAGUUGAUCAGUUCUCUGAUAUUCUCAUGAGUUCCUACACUAAUUUUGUUCAGACUCUGUAUGGACUGGGAGCAAGAAGGAUCGGCGUCACUAACUUACCGCCACUCGGGUGCUUGCCGGCAUCUGUCACCCUAUUUGGAAGAGGAAGCAACCAGUGUGUUGAUAAACUAAACAACGACGCAACUCUAUUCAACAAGAAGUUAAAUAGCACAACCCAAAAUCUGCGAAAUCUUUUGGGUCUCAAGCUUGUUGUCUUUGAUAUUUAUCAUCCUCUCUUGGAGAUGAUCAGAAAGCCCAGUGAUAAUGGUUUCUUUGAAUCAAGAAGGGCUUGCUGUGGAACAGGCACUCUUGAAACCUCACUGCUUUGCAACUCUGGGUCGAUAGGGACGUGCUCCAACGCGACGGGGUACGUAUUUUGGGACGGGUUUCAUCCCUCUGAAUCCGCAAAUGAGGUCUUGGCUGGUGAUCUACUUGAACAAGGCUUUGAUCUCAUCUCUUGAAGCUGCUUCUAUGGUUUGAAGAAUUUGUGACUGCCAUGGUUUCACUAUUCAUAUAGAAUAAAAUGCAGAGCAGUUGCAUUAAACACACGAGUCGUUUAGUGGCAGUAGUUUGAAGGUUUGGUUUACCUAGAGUAUCCGUGUAUGUAAGCCUUGUUACCAAUACAUACAGAAACAGUUGGUGUUGUUCCUACUUUGUAUGGAAUUUUAAAUGUUUUCAUCCUUGGGUUAAUAAGAUGGCGGUAGUUUUAUGAGUGCCAUAUAUAAGAACACUUUCACAGUUAAUGAAGACAACAACAUUAGUAUAAUUU